AUGAAAUUUGCAAAGAGAUCAAGAUGGAGUAUCAUUAUUUCCACUCUGAAAGAAGUAGGAUGUGAUUUUGAGGAUGAGAUAGCCAGUCUAACUCAGUUCACUCCAGAGAUGGUGGUUGAGGCCAGUGUUCGUUGUCUUCAGAUUAUUAUUCCGGAGUUUCAAAGCCCCACCCACCUCCCUGAUGCAAUGUCUGCUCGCUUUAGAAUGUGUACUGGACUAGCUAAUGCCUGCCAGGAGCUGGGUUUCCAAGCUGAAGUUGGUUAUCAAACAUUCCUCUAUUCGUCUGUCAAAGACUGGAGGAAACUCCUCAUGUUCCUUUUAGAGAAACUACCAAAGGAAGCGGCUCAAACUGCAGAUGAACCCACUGGAGCUGGUAUACUCCUAACCAGGAGCAUUGGGGCUGAGAUUGGAGCAUCAUUACGAACACCAUGGACCCCGUCCUAUUGUAAGAGAGAGUCAGUUAGGAGAGUCAGAAGAAAGUACCCAAAGAAGUGAAGCUCUAUUAUGCUCAGGAGAUGCCCUAUGUUGUUGCCCAGCCAGUCCUAACUAGAGAUGUCCUCUCAUCACUGCUGGCUAAGAAUGACAGUGAGGUAGCUGCUCAACAGGAAUGGGAGGCGGAGUGGAAUCAGGCUGGACUGGCCUCUCGCCUCUCAGAAAAUGAGUACAAAGCUAAGAAGAAGCAGAAACUAAUGAAGAAGCUCUCAGAGCAGCUGAGAGCUCACAAUAAAGCCGAGACCAGCUCUGGGGCACUUGGUUUGGGGGCUGAUCUCAACCAAAUUUUGUCCUCAUUUCUUGAGCGGUCCGGGACAGGCCAUGGCAAGGGUUCCAGGUUUCAACAUGCAGAGAAGCUACAGUUUGCUAAAGUAAUUGAAUU